AUGCAGAGUGGUGAGCGAGAUACGAUCCUGGUCACCUUCACUCGUGAGGAAAUGGCUGCGCGAGACUGGCGGAUUUUCAACUCAUUAUCGUUAGAAGACAAACCCAUAUUUAUCUCAAGAUUACAGUGGCAGCGGGUAGUCAACAUGGGAAUGUUUAUGGACGCUAAUCAUGUGAGGAACAAUACGACGGAAUAUAGUCUUCUUUCUGCAGACUUGACAAGGCGAGGAAUCGAUGCGUUCAAAACAAACUGGAGAUUGGAUGACCCUCUUCCAUUACUUCCUGGCUAUUCGGCUAAAGAUUUCCCUCCAUUCCGGUCAUUCACAGCAGAGAACAUUUCAAUUGAAGAGGAAUUUAUCAGCGUUUCACGGAUGUGUGCACAAAUACGUGAUGAGCAGCUGCACCGUUCCGCUAAACGAUUGGGUGGAAUACAAAAUCCGAAAGAAUCAUCAACUGCUGAAGAAAGUGUGGGAGAUUUCAAGAAGCUGCCGCCUCUCAAACUGCGACUUGAUAUCAGGUUUGAUCAUCACUCAUGUAAUGUUGCACUCGCAACCGUUUUCUCUCCUGAUCUGUUUCUUUCCUUCACUUACUGA